UUAAAAAUUAUAUUUUACUCUCUAAACAUGAAUAAGUGAAAUAAGUGAAUAUUUACUAAUUCUGAGUGCUAACCGAACCACUUUUUGAAAUUAGUUGUUCGAUUUGCACUUGGAAUUAGCGAAUAUUCAUUCAUUUUUACUAAUUCAUGUUUAGAGCCCCCAUGAAAAAAAUUUAUAAAAAAAAUAUAUUAAAAAUACAUAAAAAAUAUAUAAAUAUAUAUAAAAUAUGUAUAAAAAAUAUAUUUUAAGGGGUUAGGGGUAGUCAGAAUUUUCAAAAAAUCGAUUUUUUUUUUUUUGCAUUUUCUUAAAGUAUAAUAUUUUUAAAAUAUUGUGUGAAAAUUUGAAGUGAAUCCGACAAAUUCUUUUCGAGUUAUUUAACAAUGACCAAAGGACGCUCGGGUGCUACGUGGCAUUCGAGAGCAGGUAGCUAGAAACAGCUGCAAGCAACCGACCUUUCGGGUUUCAUUGUCAUGAAUAUCUCCCCAUUUUAAUGUAGUACAAGAACUGAAAAAUAAUUUUUGGUUGCCAGUAUACCUGUAGUCGUUGCACUGAUCAGUCGAUAGUUUUGUGAUAAAUUAUUUCUCAAGUGAAUUAAAUUAUUAACCAUGGGACGUGAUUCUAGAAAGGUUUCAAGAGAACUUCGGAGUUCUGAAAAAAUUAAUAAGUCGCGUUCAGUCAAAAGAAAGAAUGUUUUUAAUCCGAAAACAGCCGAACGUGAUGAAAGUAUUCAGAGUACAUCUUCUAAAAAAUUAAAACAAAACACUGAAGAUGAUGUACCUGAAGACAGCAGUACUGAAUUUCGAAUAAUAAAUUUGAUGAAAUUCGAGUGAUGAAAAACCGAAUCAUGAUAUGUGUCCAAAAGGCGAAGAAUCUUGGUGCUCUUACCAGCGCGCUGAAGCAAGAGGAGAGCUUGAUACCUAUUCUCACGAUUAUUCUCCCUUACCUUCUGAUGUUUUAAAAGCUAUCAAGCCUAUAUACGAAGGUCUUAGUAAUGAAAAUUUACUUUCAAGAUGUGUAGGUGGAUUCAAUCAGAAUAAUAAUGAAAGCUUUAACCAACUAGUAUGGAAAAUAUGCCCAAAAACGGUAAAUACUAGUUUUACUGUCGUACAAAUAGCUGCAUACGUUGCUAUGUGUAUAUUUAAUGAGGGUAUAAAUUCAGUAUUAGUCUUGAUGAAUACACUAGGACUUAAUUGUGGGCCUAAUUCUCAUCGGUAUGCAGAAAGAAUGGAUGCUGCACGUAUCAAAGUAGCAGAUAAGCGCGCUAAUGAUAACACCCGAGAAGGUCGAUUGCAACGUAGGCACCAGCAAAUCAAUAUUUUGGAAGCUGCUAUGACGGCUGAAGAGCUAUUAUAUGGUCCAGGAAUAGAUGACUCAGUAUGAAUCUCCAAGGACUUAUGAUGAUCACCGCAAAGGACUUCGGGAGGAACGGGCUCUACAAAAACAGCGAUAACUUUUUGAAUUAUUAAUUUUUUUUUUUGAAAUUUUCGUGAAGUCAAAUCGAAACGUGUUCUAAUAAAGCUAUGUUUUUAUUUUUGUCAAAUAAAGUAAUUAACUACAAAAAAAAAAUUAUUGAAAAUCAUCAUUUUUUCAGGCCUCUGAGUACCCCUAACCCCUUAAAUAGCUAACUUUUGGCCGAUUUUCGUAUAGGGGAAGGGGGGGCAAAACGGGAUAGGCCGGCAAAAUGGGAUACCCUCAAAAUUUCGUCAAAAUUUUUUUUUCUCGAAAAACUUUCGAAAAUGGUCAAAAAUGACAUCUAGUAUCAUUUUACACUAUUAAAAGCUAAAAAAAAACAUUUUUAUAUUUUUUGCGAAAAGUAUAAUAUUGGCGCCAAUUUCAAAUUUUGAAAAGAAAUAACAAGGAAAAACUUCUUUAAAAAUAUGUUGAGAGUAAAUUUUAUUACUUACAUCAAUUUAGAAAGACAUUAUUACAUCAAUUUUAUUCACUCGAAAAAAAAAAAAAAUUUACUUUUUUGAGGGGUAUCCCAUUUUGCCCGCAGCAAAUAAAAAUUUUUUUUCUGAUGGCAGUCUAACAUUCGUUAUAUUUAUUUCAAAUAGAAUCAAAAUGAAGCCAAUUUUACGAUAUUUAUGUCCCUAAAAACUAAAUUUUUCGUUAAAUAUCCCGUUUUG